ACCUGUCAGUUUUGAAUAACAAAAACAUACUCUGUUUAAAAAAGUUGUUUUAUUAGUGGAAAGACAUUUUAGUUUCAUGAAUUCGGUCAUUUACGAAGGAUAAAAACAUGUAAAUUUAAGGCAAUAUCGUCACGAACAAUUUUUCCAUCGAAAGUAAGGCAUUCAUAAAAGUUGAAACAUGGAUAUCAAUAUAGAAACUGCUGUAAGGAUUUGCCCUUCUAGGAGUCGUAACGGAGAAGAUAAUGGUAUGAUUGGUCUUCAUACUAAUGGGACCAAUUCAAUUCAACUAGCUAAUGCCCAAAGGUUUCCAGUAAAUUAUGCAUUUCCUCCCCAUACUAGUCAGGCAGUAUUGUAUAGCACAAUUGUGACUCCGUUGAUGAAUUUUUUCCUAGAAGGUUGUGAUGUAUCAGUGGUAGCUGUUGGACAAAGUGGGACUGGUAAAACCUAUUCAUUAUUCGGACCCGGAUUUCAUUUUGCUGCAAGUGAAGCAGAACAUGGAAUUGUACCAAGAUUUAUUAGAGAUCUAUUCACCAAGAUAAAACAGCAUCGUGAUAAGACAUUUUCAAUAACCAUUGGUUGGUCUCAAAUUUGUGGUGAAACGGUUCACGAUCUACUUGGAUCUGGUUUGGUGGAAUGUAAUGAUAUACUUGAAGCAUUUCAAUUGAUACAACUAGGGAUGUCAAACACUGGACCAAAGUUUGCACAUACAUUGUUCACAAUUACUUUGUACCAAGAAUGGAUUAUAGAGUCUACUGUUCAACAUCGAGUUUCAACUGCUAGUUUUACCGAUUUAGGAAGUAGUGAAAAGGUUUUGAUCUAUGAUAAUAAUGGUCUUGUUCAAUCAGUACCAACGGAUUCUGGACUCAUGGCUUUGCAGCAGUGUAUUAGUGCUCUUUCAGAACCCCAUUAUUCGAAUUUCAAUAUCAAUAAUAUCCCUUAUGAACAGUCAGUGUUAACAAAAUUAUUGAAAGAUUCAUUUGGUGGUCGCUCGAAAACUGUAUUAUUAUGUACUGUUUCUCCUUUUAUAGAAGAUUUUGCAGAAUCUUUGUAUUCAUUACAGCUAGCUUUGAGGUCACAAGCAAUCAAAAAUUAUGUAACUGUCAAUUCAUAUACUAUGUACCAGAAUAUUGAGGAGAAUUCAGAUGUUUUCAGUCUUCAAUUCGCUGCGAAUCAGUUACUUAAGUUGGUGAAAAAUGCGGAGGAUUUGUUCCAGAAAGUAUUGACAAACUCAUCACUUCCUAAAGGCUUAUUGGAACAGAUAUCACAUUGGUUGACUUUCAAACAAGAAUGUGAAGAAUGCCUGAAUGAUAAUUGUGAACCCCAUAGAUCAUUGGAUAUUAUCGAGGAGGAAGAAGCGGAAGAUUAUAUGAGCUGUAAUACGAUACAUAGUAGUGAUAGUGAAGGAAUAGAUGAAGAACAAGAGGACAAUUCCGAGAAAAUUAUGGAAAAUUUUGGUAAUUUGUUGAAGAACUUCCCUUCCCUAACAGAUGAGCUAGUAAGUAACUGUUAUCGUGACUACUUUGAUGUAAAUAUUAGUGUUAAAGAAAGCUCCUGCGUUUCAAGUGCAGAAAAUCACAUAAAAGGUGCCAGGGGGCGCCGAGUUAGCAUUCAUUCUUUAGAGGAAUUGAAAAAUUCAGUUUCUAUGAACACAAAAAUAUAUGAUGAAUUAGAAGUACAUACCGAAGAAAAAAUCAAUGAAACUGAUAACAUGACAUACGAAAACAAAAAAAAACUUCUCAAAAAAAUCGCCACAGCUAUUCAGGGCUACCAAAUACAAAUAGAAGAUCUACAGAAAACAAUACAGGUGAAAGAAAAAUUAAUGCAACAAUUGAUCAAAAAUAAGAAUAUAAAGAAUAAUGCUAGAUUGAAACUUGACCAAAAAUGCCAGAAAUUGUUAAAAGAAUAUGAUAAAUUGAUGGCUGCCAUUACUCAAGCUGAAAUAAACAAAGAUUCCGAUUCAGAGAAAAAAUAUCAGGUGAAAUUAACAGAAUUGAAGAAGAAAAUUAAAGAUGCAGAAUCGCUGAAGAUUCUUACAGAAGAAAGUAAUAAAAAAUUGCAAGAAGUUGAAAAUAGUCUCCUUACAUCUAAGAAACAAUUAGAGAAACUAAAGAAGUGUAAAAGGAAAGAAGAAAAGAGAAAAAUAUUGUAUGAAACACAGCUCAAAGAGGAGAAAAAGAAGUUUGAAACUAGUCAAGAUAGCUUAGAGAAACAGAAAAAUAGUGUUGAAACUAAAAAUUCUAAUGAAAAUAAGCAGUUAGUAGUAAUGAAUCGCACUACUUCGUUAAAUUUACCAUUUGAAAAUAGUGAAUCACUUAGGCAUGAAAUAAGGAAUCUUAGAAAAACUCGAGACUAUCUACUCGAGCAAAAGUUUAUGAUAGACACAAAAUUAACUAACAAUAAGAUAUUGAAUGAAUGUGAUGAACGGAAAUUGCUUCAAUAUGAAGAGGCAAUCGAAGCCAUUGAUUUGGCAAUGGAAUUCAAAAACGAAAUAUUAUGUGGGCGUUACCCAAUAGUUGCAAAAUCUUUAGAACUAAUUGAUGACCAAGGUGAUAAGAUGUUGAUGGACAGACUUAUGAAACUAAAUGAAGCAGAAAUGAGGAUUUUGUUGUAUAACUACUUUCAAAAAAUUGUAGAUUUAAGAAACAGUACCAAGAAAUUGGAGCUGGAAGUGAUCGAUAUUGAAAAUCAAAAUGAAAGUUUGAGCUGCCGUGUUCAGAAUUUGAGUUAUAGCCUUCAACAAGUCAGACUAGAAUCUGAAAGAAGAAUAAUCACAUUACAACAUCAACAUGAGAAUAAAUUACAAUUAGUUAUGAAACACCUGGCCAACGAUAAUGGGGACAAGGACAGAGUUGUUUCCAGAGUUUCAAAACAUGCUUUAGCUUUCCAAAUGGCAGGAACAAGCAAACAAGGAGAUAAGAGCCUUAUUGCUCGAUUCACAAGAUACGCAAGACAAGAAACAGUACCUAAGCAACUUCAAGCUACAGUUACAGUUCCCCAAGCAAUUGUAACAAGGCAGAAAAACAAAUUAUUCAUCCAACAAACUCAAAAGUGAAGAUAUUGAUAUGUUUGAUAAUUGGGAGAGCUUUAAAGUACAUAUAUGCAGCCAGCUUUGAAUUAUUGAAUUGGCAACAAAUAUCUAAUCAAAAAAGUGAAUUGUUACAAAUAUCUAUCGUUCAAAUGGAAUUUUAUGUCAUAUUAUAUUCAGUUUGUGAAUAUGUAUUGAAAUAAACAAGAAUAUCUUUUGAUAUAAUUUUGUCAGUUUUAUAUACGAUGGAUGAUAUAUUUUUUCCAGUGUCACAUCCCUGUUUCUCAUUGAAUUUUUUCAUCUUUGGUUAUUUCAAAUGAUUGUAUUUCAAAAGGGGCCAAAAAGCAAUAUUUGGCAUAAAUAAUUUUACCAAUAUGUUGUUUUUUAUUAUCAUGUCAAUGAUAUGAUAUAUGUAUUGCUGUUGCUAAAUAUAUUAUUUGAAGCAAUAAAAACAAAUAGUAUGAACUAGUCUUAUAGACAUCUUAAGAUUAGUAUUAAAGAGUUUAUCUUGAAAUGUAUUCUAUCUUUGAAUCAUAGGUAAUUAUUCAGAAACAUAUUGCCAAUGAAUGCACAAAAAAUUCCAUGAACCUUAAUAACAAUAUUUUCACUUUUUCUAAUCCAGAAUAAGAAAAAAUGUAUUGUAGGUAUUCACCUAUUGUUUUACAGUUUGAAAAGUGUUGAGGCAAAUUUAAUUAUACCUACACAUCACAUUUAAUUACUUCAUGCAAGAUCAUUUCAAUUGAUCCCAUAUUCUUGGAAACUUCAUUAUCAUACAGUUAUUAUCCAGUUUUUAAUUUUGUAUCUAUGUAAAUACGAGUAAUUUUAAUUUAUUAUCCACUUUUCAAUAUUUUGUACUGAUGAAAUAAAGUUUUCAAAUCA